CGCCGGUGGCGGGCAACGUCCCGUGAUCGGCGGCCAAGGGUUGCGUCGCGACGCGACCUUUGAGAUGAGCCACGCUCACCCCACGGCACCCAGCGCCUGGAACCCCCACAGGACGAUGGUGGCUGCGUGGGUGCUGCCACUGGUGCUCCUGGCGUGGCCGGCCGCCGCCACUGCCGCCACGGUGACCCGGGACUCGCUGCUCAACAUCUGCAUGGACGCCAAGCACCACAAAACGCAGCCUGGCCCCGAGGGGCAGCUCUAUGGGCAGUGUGCCCUCUGGAAGGACAAUGCCUGCUGCACCGCCAACACCAGUAUCGAGGCUCACCAGGACCAGUCCUACCUGUACAACUUCAACUGGGACCACUGCGGGGUCAUGCCGGAGAAAUGCAAGCGUCACUUCAUCCAGGACACGUGUCUUUAUGAGUGCUCCCCCAACCUGGGGCCCUGGAUUGACCAGGCGGACAACAGCUGGCGUAAGGAGCGGAUCCUGCACGUGCCGCUGUGCCGGGAGGACUGCGAGCAGUGGUGGGAGGACUGCCAGGAUGCUGUCACCUGCAAGGUCAACUGGCACAAGGGCUGGAAUUGGACCACAGGCAUCAACCGGUGUCCCAGGGGCGCCAUGUGCCAGAAGUUCAAGUUCGUCUUCCCCACGGCGGCCGACCUCUGCGAGCAGGUCUGGUCCCACUCCUACCGCUACACCCUCCACCAUCGCGGCAGCGGCCGCUGCAUCCAGAUGUGGUUCGACCCCGUCCAGGGGAACCCCAACAUCGCCGUGGCGCGGUAUUACGCCCACGGUGCCGCCGCUGGCCCACCUGGCCCCCCGCUCCGCGUCCUCCUGGCCCUGCUGCCCCCCGUCCUCCUGGCCCUGCUCUGAGCUGCAGGCGGGAGCGGGCAGUGGGUGGGCAUGGGGGGGUCCGAGCUGCACCAGCCGCUGUGCGUCCCCCCCCAGCAUGUGGCUGGUGAAUAAACACUCCUGCCCCGC